AUGUAAAAUUCACAAACGUAAUCUUAAUCAGCAAUGUCAAUAUUGGGUUAUAUACCUGCAUUAAUAGUUUAACAUUUGUUGAAUUUAAAGAUGAACAAAUUACCAAGAAGUUUACCUGAGAAAUAAAAUAUAAAAAGUGUAGUGAUGUUUGCAGAUAUUUCAGGAUUUACAAAAUUAACAGAGAAACUAAGUUAAUUGGGGACAGAAGGAGCUGAAAGAAUAGCAUUUGCGAUAAAUAGAUAUAUGGAACUAUUAGUUCAGGGAAUAGGAAGAAGUGGAGGAGAUAUUUUUAAAUUUGCAGGGGGUAAUAUUACAAAUAUGCUUAGAUGCAAUGAUAGUCAUUUGGCCACCACCUCCAGAGGGAAAUAACUUUAUUUAACAGAUAGAGACAUUGUUAAAAUAGGCAAUCUAAUCAGCUUUACUCAUAUAAGAGAAGUUGACCAAGACGACGAUAGAGUCAGGAAUCUAAUUAAGUGUUAAAAUAGGUAGAUAUAUAUGAAUUAUAUAUUAGGGUUUGGAGUUGGUGAGAUGAGUAUAAUACAUGUUGGUGGUGUGUUCAAUAGGAUAGAAUAUUUAGCAACUGGUGAUCCUUUGUUGUAAGCUUUUGCUUCUGAGCAUUGUCUUACAGAGGGNAAUUCUGAUAUAGAUUAAUCAAAAAAUUAUUUUUUUUUAGAUAGAUUUCUCUUUAUUAAGAAGAGUGAUUAUCUUUUAGAGGGAAAAGUUCAAGUCCUUAACAAGUUUUAAUUUGAAUAUUUUGAAAUAAUGCACAAUUUUCCAUUACAGAAUUUAAAGCAAAAAGAAUUUAUAAAUAUUCAAUAGGAAUACAAAAAAAGGAUAAGAGAUAUGUUGAUGGGAUAAUAAAUGAAUAGGAAGUGAUUUAAAAAUAUUAGUAGAAGAUAUUGAAGAAGUUGAUAAAUAUAAAUGAGAGUGUAUGAAAAUAAAGAGAAAUUAAGUUUUAUAAUAAGACUAAAGAAAGAGUGGAAAUAUAAUAUGCAAAGAACUUUAAAGAGAAGGUUUUUGAAAGGAAGAAAAAAAUUAGAAGAUUAUUAAGAGAAAUUUAAUAAUAUAAUAUGUAAAAUUCACAAACGUAAUCUUAAUCAGCAAUGUCAAUAUUGGGUUAUAUACCUGCAUUAAUAGUUUAACAUUUGUUGAAUUUAAAGAUGAACAAAUUACCAAGAAGUUUACCUGAGAAAUAAAAUAUAAAAAGUGUAGUGAUGUUUGCAGAUAUUUCAGGAUUUACAAAAUUAACAGAGAAACUAAGUUAAUUGGGGACAGAAGGAGCUGAAAGAAUAGCAUUUGCGAUAAAUAGAUAUAUGGAACUAUUAGUUCAGGGAAUAGGAAGAAGUGGAGGAGAUAUUUUUAAAUUUGCAGGGGGUAAUAUUACAAAUAUGCUUAGAUGCAAUGAUAGUCAUUUGGCCACCACCUCCAGAGGGAAAUAACUUUAUUUAACAGAUAGAGACAUUGUUAAAAUAGGCAAUCUAAUCAGCUUUACUCAUAUAAGAGAAGUUGACCAAGACGACGAUAGAGUCAGGAAUCUAAUUAAGUGUUAAAAUAGGUAGAUAUAUAUGAAUUAUAUAUUAGGGUUUGGAGUUGGUGAGAUGAGUAUAAUACAUGUUGGUGGUGUGUUCAAUAGGAUAGAAUAUUUAGCAACUGGUGAUCCUUUGUUGUAAGCUUUUGCUUCUGAGCAUUGUCUUACAGAGGGUGGGAAAAUCAUCAUCUCAUCUCAAGUUUAUAAUUUGGUAAAUAACUUUUUUGAGUGCAAAGCUGUAGAACAUCAUGAAAAUCAUUAUGAAGUUAUUUAGAUAAAAAGUACUUAAGCAAAGGUAAAAAUGAAAGCAGAUGCAUUAUUAAUAAAGAAUAACAUUACAAUAACUAAAUUCUAAGCAAUUAGAAAUGAGAUUUAAUCAUAUAUUCCAGCAGCAUUAUUACCAUAUAUAGAAAUAAAUGAGGAACCAUGGAGUGCCGAAUUAAGAAGAUUAUCUGUAAUGUUUGUAAAUUUGGGAAUAGAUUUAAAUGAUGCAAAAUCAGAAAAAGGAUUAUAUCAAAUAUAAAGAGUUAUAAUGACAGUUUAGAAAUGUAUUUAUAUGCAUGAAGGAUCAUUAAAUAAAUUAUUAAUGGAUGAUAAAGGUUCAACAUUAAUAAUUGUAUUUGGAUUACCUCCUUUAUCACAUUAAAAUGAUGCAGUAAGAUCAAUAUAAACAGCAUAAUUAAUGAGAAUAGAAUUGCCUAAGAUUAAUUGUGGUUGUGCUAUUGGUAUAGUAACUGGUACUGUAUUUGCAGGAGUAGUUGGAACUAGCGGUUCAAGAAGAGAAUAUUCAGUUUUAGGAGAUUCUGUUAAUUUAGCAGCUAGAUUAAUGUAAGCAGCAUGUGAAGAAAAAGAACAUAAAAUACUUGUUUGUUCUGAAACUGCUAAAAGUGCUGAAAAUUGUCUUAGUUUCUAAUUUCUCAAAUCAUAAAUUGUUAAAGGCAAAAAUUAACCUGUUGAAAUUUAUAUUCCUUUACAAAAAUCUUAACCAAGUACACCUGCUAAUUUCUUUCCUUCUUUGAGAACUCAUAAUUAUGCUUUUGGAUUUAAGAGGAAAACUGAAUUUAUUAAUUAAUGUAUUUAUGGUAGAGAUGAACCAUACAAAAAAAUACUUAAUCAAGUUGAUAAAAUUAUGAGAGGAAUUGAUAAAAAAGGUUCUAUAUUAUUAUUCUAUAUGUUUAGGUUUAUUUAUUAUUAAGGGUUCUUAUGGAGUAGGUAAAACUAUUCUAGUUAAGAAAGUAUUACAUAGAGUAUAAGAAAAAUUAAAUAGUAAUUAAUACAAUUCUUGGAAGUAUGGAGAAUUACCAUAAAUAUUAACUUCAUAAUUAAAUCCUGUAACUAGAGCAUAUAAAUUAAAUGGUAUAUAAUUUUAUAUGAUUAGUGAGGACUACGUUAGAUUCUUAAAUAAAUAUUUAUACUCUUCGCAAAAAGAUUAGAACGAAAACCAGAUUUAGCCUUAUUUCAAUUGAUGGUAGAUGAAUAAUUGUAUACUUAAAAUACAAUUAAUUGUAUGAAAGAAAUUUUAGAAUUGAAAUCCAUUUCUAGAGUAGAUAAUUUUCCCCCUAAAGGAAAUGACGAGGAUAAUUAAUAAGAAUUAAAAAAAAUUGUAAUUUUUAUUAUUUAUUUUUUUUUAAAGAUUUUACAAUUCUUAAGUAAUUACUUCGAAUAAGUUCCAGAGAAAUAUGAAAAUCUUUACAUUGGGAGAUCUCCAGAGGAAUUAGGAUGGGAUGUUAAAUAAUAAAAUGUAAGGCAAGUCAUCAAAUAUUCUAUCAAAUAUAGUAAUAUUUUAUGUCCUGUUAUACUUUGUUUAGACGAUAUGUAAGAUUAUGAUAAUCUCACUUUUAAAUUAAUUAGUUUAAUGAUUAAAACUUAUGAUAGAAUUUAAAUUUUAGGUUUGUAUCGUGAUAAUUUUCAUGAAACGACACUUUAAGUUAAGACAGCUGAAAAAAAGAAAUCUUAAGAAGAAAUUGCUAUGGAUGGAAUUAGUAGAUUAGAAGAUGCUAUAGAGUAAAAUUUUUAUAGUAUUAUUUAAUUGAAAGGAAUUGAAAGGAAAGGUAAAGAUGAUGAAUUUGCAAAAAUGAUAAGAUUUUCAUUUAAUAUAUCUAAAUUUGAUAUAGAAAAUAUGAAGAAUUAACAAGAAGAAGUGAGAAAAAGAGAUGCAUCAAUUAUAAAUGAUGUAUGUGUACAGGAAACUAUAAAUAAAGAGAUGAAUCAUUAAUUUUUAUUCUCAUAGAAUAAGUAAAGUUUAAUUGAAAAAGAUGUCGAGUUAUUAUUAUUUUCCUAUAUUUAUUUAAAAACUUAGGGUGUACCAUUGAUGGUGUUAAAUUUUGUAUAGAAUUUAAUAGAUUAAGGAUAUAUAAAGAUGGGUAAUAAAAGUUCGAUAAUAACAAAAGAACUUAUAAAUAUAAUAAAUUAUGAGGAGAGUAUUAUAAUUGAUGCUCCAUGUGAUCGUGUAGCAGUAAAUGGUCCAAUAAUUGAUAAGUAAAAUGAUAAUUAAUAGAUUGUAGAUUACCAUGUUUGGAGUAAUUGAUUUUGAAAGUAGCAAGCAUAGUAGGGGAUAUUUUUGAUAUUCAAAUGUUGAGUAGAAUAAAUCCAUUUAAAGCAGCAUUAAAUAAUCGAUUAUAAAAGAUGAUGGAUGAGUUAGAAUAGAAAGAUUUUAUAGAGAUAAUGGAAGUUUAGGAAUAAAAUAUAUAUUAUAGAUUUACAUGUCCAUUUAUGAGAGAUUGUUUAUAUUAAAGAAUAACAUUUAAAUAGAGAAGAUAAUUACAUAAAGCAGCAGCAGAAGCAAUAUAAUUAUUACCUCUUGCAUUUGAGAUAGAUGAGAGAAUAGAGAGUAAGAAAUUAUAAUUUCAUUGGGUGAUGGCAGAAUAAAAUAAUUAAUUAAUUUAGUAGGCAACAUAGAAUUUUAAGGUUAGAUAAUCAAGUGGUUCAGUUAAGAAUUUAAUAUAAAGAGGAUAGAAAUAGAAAUAAGAGGAGAAUUCAAAUACAUAAAUUGUCCAAGUAAAUUACUAUAAAUUUGAUAAUCUAUCAUCUAAGGCAAUGAGAUCAAUUAUAUUGAAAUAGAUAUCAAAUAAAUUAACAAAGAAUCAUAAUAAUAUAAAUACAAUUUUAAAGGAGGGUAUUUUAGAAAAGAAAUCAAAGUAAAAUGUAUCAUGGGCACCUCGUUAUUGGGUAUUGGAUGGAAAAGAAAUGAGAUGUUAUUAUAGUAAAUAAGAUAUGUAGAAGAAAGAAUUACCAUUAUGUACUAUUCCAUUAAAAGGUAUAUAUUCAGUAAUUCCAUUGGAAUUAAAUGAAUAAUAGAGUGAAACUAAUUUUCCACUCUCUAUUAGUUCUACCUUAUGGUAUAAGAAGAAUAAAGAAAUGGGAGAAAGAAGAUUCUUAUUGAAUAGUAAAAAUGUUGAAGAUUUAGAAAUGUGGAUAAUAUAUUUAGAAUUUGCUAAAGCUAAAGCAAUUUAUGAUGAUUUUACUAAUAAUUAUGGUAAAAUCAGUUUUCCUUUAGGUAAUAAUAAUGAUUAUUAUGAUCCAGAGUUUAAAUAUGAUGUGAAUAUUGAAGUAUUGAAUUUAUAAUUAUUAUUUAAAGAAAUAAAAAUUAUCUUUAGGAUUAUAAUAUGAUAAGAGUUAAUAAGCUAAAAUGAGCAAGAAUUCAGUAUUAUCUAGAAAUUCAAGAGCUUCUAGAAUGACUAUAGCUACUAAGUAAUUUAAAUUUAUGGAAAAAGCAUCUUAAGAAGAUAAUACGUUUCAGAAUUCUUAAAUUGUUGAUAGUUAAUUAUUAAAAGAUAGAAUUAAUUGUUUUUUAUAAAAGAGGUAUUAAAUUUAUUGAUAUUUUAAGCACACUUUUAUUAUUUUCACAUUUAUUUGAUAUGUCAUUAUAAAAAUAGGAUGAUUAUAACAUACUGGGUCAACCGAAUAUGGUAAUGAAAAAGAUGACCAAUAUUUUUAAGAUUGAUAAAUAAUUGACUUCAGAGAAUAAAAAAUAAUCGAAUGCUUUUAUAACAAAUUAAUCAUAAUCAUAAUCAUAAUCAAUAACUAAUUCGACUGAUUAAAAUUCUAAUAUGAUGUAAUAAGUUUAACAAUAAUAAUAAUAACGAAAAGCCAUAACAUUGGAUGAAAAUCCAUUAAUUGCUAAAAAGAUAGAUACUAGUAUAGAUGAAGAGUCUGGUAGUAGUAAAGAAGAAGGAGAUGGACUUCUAUAAACUAGAACUUUAUAAUAAAUUAUAGAAGAAGAAUAUGAUAAUGAAUUAAGUGGUACAAUUAUUUUAUCUAUAUUAUAUAGAAAGUACUAACCAAUAAUAAUAAUAAUAAAUAAAAUAAUCAAGAAAUUUAAAAUAUUUCGACGAUAUUCGAUUGAAAUCAAAUUCUAAAUUUUAAUAGGAAGAUAGAAAACGUUCUGAUAGUUAAGAAAGUUUUGAAUAAAUUACUCCAAUUUCAAGAAGGCAUACUCAGAAAUAAGAAUAAACUCCAAAAUAAAUUAACUAUUUCAAACUACCAUUCUAGGAAAUGAGGAAUAGCACAGAAUUUAAGUUGGAUAUGGCUAUAUAAGUUGAUAUGCAUUAAGUGAAUAAUUCUAUUAGUAAAUCUUUAAGUAAAUCAUCUAUUGAUCCCAAGUCUGAAAUUUCAUAUCAACAACAUGAUAACCAAGAAUUCUUGAAAUUAUUUGAAAAUAGCACUAAUUAAGCAUAAUCAUAGUAAAAUAAUCAAUUCAGUAACAAAAUUUUAGAUGAUAACAAGAGAGACACUAUUUAAACUCAUAUUUCUUCUUCAAAUUUCUUAUCUACUCAAUAUCCAUUUUUGCCUCAUCAAUCUACUAAUCUCUCUUCUAAUACUAAUUAAAAAUAAAAAUAACCUCCAUAAUAUGCAAGUAGAUAGAGUUAAAUGUCUCAAAAAACUAAUGCAAAUUCGAUAUCAUCUUAACGAAAUCAAUAUGGAACAGCACUAAAUACAUGUAAAUCUUUAAGUGGUGAUAUAUUCAUUCUUAGACCAGGUUAUAAGGUAAUUGUUACAAGGAUAGAUUAAGAAAAGAAAUUGAUUUAUUGUAAUUAUUAGAAUAUGUAAGGAUUAUUUUAUUUAAGAGAUAUCGCUGUCAUUGAAGGUAUUAUUAUGAAUCUAAUUAUAGAUAAUUAAGAGGAUUCUUAAAUUCAAAUCAAAUCCAGAACACCCACUACAUUUGAAGUUAAAUAUAAAGAGUUAUUGAAUGAUAGAUUCAAUACAAGAAGUAAAUCUCCUAAUUAUCGUUCAACUUAAUGUAAGAAUCCUCCAAAAAAACCAUUUAUGAGAUUUUGA